AUGAAGUGUUUUCAGUCAGGGGAAUGUGUUAUCACUGUGCAAACGAAGAACUUUCUGCCACCUCCUUCAACCAGCAACAUACGUUCUCGUUCUACGAAUUCCCCAGGGGCUGUGGAUGCAUUGCCACCUCAAGCUCCUCAUGAUGUCGCCUUUAGUUUGUUGAAGGGAACUUGCACAUAUGAUGAACUAGUGGUUGCCACUAAUGGAUUCUCAGACGCCAACCUUCUAGGACAAGGUGGUUUUGGCUAUGUGCACAAGGGGUUCCUUCCUUGUGGGAAAGAAAUUGCAGUUAAGCAGCUAAAGGAAGGAAGUACUCAGGGCGAGCGCGAGUUUCAGGCAGAGGUUGAGAUCAUUAGCCGGGUGCACCAUAAACAUCUUGUUUCUUUGGUGGGAUAUUGCAUUAAUGGCUCUGCUAGACUGCUUGUUUAUGAGUUUGUUCCAAACAAUACCCUUGAGUUUCACUUACACGGCACUGGACAGCCUGUAAUGGAGUGGGAAACCAGAUUGAAAAUUGCUAUAGGGUCUGCAAAAGGCCUAGCGUAUCUGCAUGAAGAUUUGAGAAGUUAUCUCACGGUUUCUGACUUUGGACUUGCCAAAAGUUUUUCUGAUGCCAGUACUAGCGGUACUCACAUUUCCACCAGAGUGGUGGGGACUUUCGGGUAA